AUGUCUAUCCCUGAGCCUUCCUCCUCUAGCUCCCGCAAUGCUGCCGGUUCUCUCAGCCAGAACAAUGUCAGCCAAGUUCCACGGUCCAGCCAAAAUAGCGUCAACCGCUUUGCCCGGGCACCAGCCUCUGACGGUCCCUACUACGCUGGAGCACGAAUGGGAGAGCGAUCCACGCACAUGAACGGCCUCUCAAACCAGGUCAAUGCGGUGGAUGAUAUCCUGAAGUCCAAAUAA